AUGGGAUUCAAAGUGAAUACUUUCGCAUUUUCUUCUCUUUUUAUUGGAAUGUUAUUGCCAGGUUAUAACAUGAAAAGUUUAUUCUUGAUUCUUGGAGCUUUUAUUCUUAUUUAUAUGAACUUCAAAGUUUGGAAAUAUACGAGAAAGUUUCCAGGUAGAAAUUAUUUCUUGCCUGAAUGGAACACUUUCUUCGCUUAUAAUUCAUUCACUUUUCAUAAUGAAUUAUUCAAAAAGUGGCUGAAUUUUGGACGUGAUAAGUUUAUUAUCUGGAUAGGUUUCGAAAGAUAUCUUACACUAUCAAAGUUGAGAGAUGUUAAAAAUGUUUUCGACGUUACUAAUGAUGCUCCAUUAAUGGAAAAUUAUUAUCAAAUGUGGCCUUGGUUAGGUGGGGACGAAACAGUGAAAAACAAUGAAUUUUCCUCAGAUGCUUUGGUCAAAGCACUAACGGAUGAUGCUUCAAUUGAAACACUUACAAAAUCAGACAUUUUCAUUGAAGCUAUUAAAAAGCAAACUGAAUUGAUAUCUGAGCAAAGUGGUGGUGUAAUUGAUGUUCAACCACCCAUCAGAGCAUUGACUUUUAAUGUUGUUUGUGGGAUCGCAAUGGGAUUCAAGAGUGAAAGCCGGCAACACGAGAUAUUUGAGGCCGCGGAAAAAUUAUGCCAGAUGGUUGACCAGCGGAUAUGUUCGGGUUGGAAACAAUAUAAAUGGUUAUCGAACGUGCUCGGGGAAGAGUCAAAAAUGUUAAAGCAAAAAAGUAUUCUUACGGAAUGGGUGAAAAUGGUUCUGCAGACGAAACGUGAUAAUAGAGACCAAAAUGUUAGCUGCUUAUUAGAUGCCUUAGUUGCUAACAGAAGUCUCACUCAAGAUGAAAUUGUUUCAACAAUUGUUGGUUUUAUUGUUUUGGGUUAUGAUCGAUUGGCAUCUGCAACGUGCUCUGCUUUAUUAGAAUUGUCAAAACAGGUAGAAGUUCAAGAAAAAAUCCGAAAAGAAAUAAGAAAUAAUGCAAUAAUUUCCACCAACACUUCACAAUUACUUGAAACUUUUCUGAUGGAAACACAAAGACUUUACCCUUCUGUUUCAGUUGUCAAUAAAUGGAUCACUGUUGGAAUUCCUCUGAAUGGAUUUUUUAUUCCUCCAAAUUCAUCUGUUUUACUGUAUUUAUACGGAAUAGGGCACGAUGCACAAAGGUUCAGUAACCCCGACGAAUGCGACAUUUAUAGAAUGAAUCUAGCAGAAACGUAUGGGAUAAACAGACACGAGUUCAGCAUGCCGAUGACAGUUAUUAAGGUUCUCGUGGGAAAUCUGCUAAAAAAAUAUCAACUACGGGAGGGUAAAGAUAAGGUUGAGAUUGGCAGCGGACUCGCAUUAAGAAUGAGUGGAGUGCGUAUAAGUAUCAAGUCACUUUGAAUUAUCGAGAAAAGGACAAAAGUGACAAAAAUAUCUUUGAGAAAAUCUACAUGAGAAUACGGCAUCUGAGAAAAGUUUUAAACUUGACAUAAUUAACGAGGGCUGUCAGAAGCCUUCAACAAAUAUCUAAUAUUAUUAAGUAUUUGUAAAAAAUGACUUCACUGAAAAGCUCCAUUACUGUCAACAUUAGUGAAACCUUUUCAGAAAUAUAAAGUAUUGUCAAUAAACAAG